AUGGCAACCGAAGAAGAACACGGAAUGCACGUUCGAGUCACGCGCCCAAGUGUCUCUUUCCUCCCCGAAACCGAAACAUCCAAACCUGUGAUACAUGACCUCCAUCACAGCGACUUGCUUCCUGUCUAUGACUAUGUCUCCAGGGAAUUUCUAAUGACCGGCGUUGCCGUUGCUCACUCGUUCGGCACGCGUCUGCUUCUUCGUUCCCCUGCGAAUCCUGACAAUUUUUCCGGUCUUGUCAUCAUGGAACCAUCUCACCUAUGGGGUGGAACAAGCAUGUGGCGUCUUAUUAAUCGGUGGCUGAUGCGAAAUGGACAUGCCUGGCUGGAAGUUGACUCGCAGGCUCCUGCGGCAAUUGACCAGAUCAAAGAUGCCAAUCCCGAACGCUACAAAGCGAUACACUUCAUCCCCUGUCAGACCUUGCAGGAGUUCUCCAGCAAAAUCCCCACCUCCCCCAACGCAGAUGACCUUUGGAAUGACUACAUGAUCUUCAAGCAAAGAUGGUGGGCCGCAACCGUGCAGUCCCCGGAGAUCCUUGUUGCUGCAUCACACGCUUCGCGAUCGGGUCAGCUGGGCAUCAGGGCUGAUCGUGUCAUUCUAACUGGUCUUUCCCAGACUGCAGACUUGAUCAGAAAGUUCAUCGUCGAGUCUGCUCACUUCCGACUUCCUGAUGGAUACGCCCCAUUUGAGGGAUUCAUGCCCUGCCAAUGCGACGGUGGCGAUGCACUUCCAGACUUGCGCGAUGCAAAGAUCAUGGAGAUUUUCGGUGAAUUUGAACUCAUUUACAGCAAAAAGCUCCACGGGAUGAUGGGAGGUGCAAUGACUCCCCAUCGCCGUACUGAUAGCAAGUCAUUCCGGCUUUACGAAGUUGCUGGUAUGUCUCAUCGCGAGACCCGAUACCUCUCCAUGGCCGAUAAGAAACGUUUGUCGACUCUUGAUUUAGAAGGUGCCCAGUGGACCACUUUCGCCAAUUCUUUCGUUUAUCAUGCUCUCUUCGAUGCUAUGGACAAAUGGCUUACAACCGGUGCUGCUCCCCCACGAGGUACCACUAUUGAUAUUAACAAAUAUGGGGAUGUCGAGCGAGACGAGUACGGAAAUGCGCUUGCUGGUGUCAGAACUGUUCAUACAGACGUGCCUACUGCCAAAAUCAUCCAUGUUGCCCCUCAGCCACACCCGAAUUGGCAAAAUGGCACUGAGGCCCCUUUCAAAGAUGUCGAACUGUGGGCGAUCUACAAAAAGGUGGGGAAUUAUCGACGUCGGGCGGGAGAAGCCAUUGAUCGACAGAUUGAUGCUGGAUUUUUGUUGCGGGAAGACGCCGAGGUCCUGCGUCGCGAUACCAUUGAGCAAGUCUCCUUUUAA